AUGGUGCGUCUAAUAUUAGUUUUAGCGCCUGUAAUGUGCAUCCUCUCCGGCAUUGGGGUUUCUGGAAUACUAAAGACGUUUAUCCGAAAUCUGAACUGUAAUUCUUCCAGUGGCUUGAUUGACUCAUCUCUACCUUCCUCGACAAACACUAAUGGCACAUCUACAAGUGGGAACGUGUAUGGCUUUGGCCGGAAUGCCGUUCCUCUCGCCAGCGGCAGUGGGAAACAUGCUUUUGGUGGAGGAGCUUCAUUCACCAGUAAAAGUGGAAAGAUAUCAGAUCCAAUUAAGUGGGAUUAG